UGACUCCCAAGUAGUGACGCUCUAUAUUGGUAAUUCUGAUUAUUGUGAAUUGUGGGGAAUUUUAUAUUAAAAUUGUUGGAUUUUUUAUAAUUUGCGCAUGUCUUGCGCUUCUCUCUCGCUUUGUUGUAUACAACUACUCUUUUCUUUGCAAAUGUUCAAGUUCGAAGUUUGAUCAGUGUUUAAAGUGGCAUGUGAUAUUGGUGAAGGAAGGUUAGAAGUUAUUACACGGACAAAAGUAUUUGCUGUUAAAAUUGAAAUAGACUAUCAUACAAAAUGAAUAUUGCGGAUGGAGUUGGAUACACGCGAUCGGAAGUAUUUGUACUUGUGGCAAGAAUAUCGUUUAUUGCGGCUUUUGGAUUUUUCAGUAUGAAAUGGAUUAUGAAUCAGCUUGAUCCUACAAACAAUGCAAAGAAAAAAGCCAGAAAAAAGGCAGAAGAACAGUUACGAAAAUUGGCCAAAACUGAUAACUUACUGUGGACAAUAGAUAUGGAUCAGUUGACAGAUUAUGAAAUGAUGAUAGCUAAUCAUAUAGUAGAUCCUAAAGAUAUUCGAGUUUCAUGGGAAAAUAUUGCAGGCCUUGAACAUGUUAUACAAGAACUCAAGGAAACUGUAAUACUGCCUAUACAAAGAAAGGAAUUAUUUGAAGACUCUCAAUUAACACAAGCACCAAAGGGUGUGUUGUUGCAUGGGCCUCCAGGUUGUGGUAAAACAAUGAUUGCCAAAGCAACUGCUAAAGAGACCAAAACAUGUUUUAUUAAUUUAGAUGUAAGCAUUCUAACUGAUAAAUGGUAUGGUGAAAGUCAAAAAUUAACUGCAGCUGUAUUUUCAUUAGCUGUGAAACUUCAACCAUGUAUAAUCUUUAUUGAUGAGAUAGAUUCAUUUUUAAGAGCACGUAAUUCACAAGAUCAUGAAGCAACGGCAAUGAUGAAGGCACAAUUUAUGUCUCUUUGGGAUGGAUUAAUUACAGAUCCUUCUUGCACAGUUAUAAUAAUGGGUGCUACUAAUAGACCACAAGAUUUAGACAGAGCUAUUCUUAGACGUAUGCCUGCUACUUUCCACAUUGGUUUGCCAAAUGAACAACAACGAAUGCAACUUCUGAAAUUGAUCUUAAAUCAUGAACCAGUAGCUGAAAAUAUGGAUAUAGCAAAACUGGCGCAAAUAACAGAAGGCUUUUCUGGAUCAGAUUUGCAAGAACUUUGCAGAAAUGCGUCUAUUUAUCGUGUUCGAGAUUAUUUGCGAACUCAUGCACAAGACGCAAGUACUACCAGUACUGACAGUGAGGAAUAUCAUGAUGCAGUACGACCUAUAACAAUGGAAGAUCUUCUCACAUCGUACAAAAAAAUAAAAACAUCUAAAAUACAUACGGGUACUCUUAGCGCUCUUAAAUCUGAUAUAGACUAAACAAGAUAUAAUAUAUCAAUCUACUUUAAAAUUCUUUUAUUUAAAAAAAAAAGUUAGGGAAACAAUUUUAUAGUAAUAUUUCUCCUUUUCAAAUAUCCAAAUGUAUGUAAAAAAAUUUCUGCCUUACUGCAAAAUUUCAUAAUUGGUAAAUAAUUACUUACACUAAAAGGAAUGGAGCGCGUGAAAGAAGAAUGUAUAUAUGCAAAACCAUGUAUAUAAUAUAAAACUACGUUUGAUAAAAUUACUAACUUACAUAUUUCAAGAAGAAAAAUUUGAGUAUAAUUUAAAUUAUUAUACUGCGUACAACACAUUGGUUUAAUAAGGUUUAUGAUAGAGAUGAUGUAAAAAAGCCUAUACUUUCUUCACACGCAAUUUGAUUAAAAAUCACUGAAUCUUUCAACAUUUAUAUUUUGCCAUUUUAAUUUAAUUCGAUUUUAAUUUAUUUUUUAUUAGUGAAUUAAAAUUAAUCAUACUGGUAAUUUCUAAAUAUGUCCGCAAUUUUUUUUCGAAAGCAACCUCUAUAUGUGUGUAAGGACAAGUGCAUUUAAGUGUAUAUACGUGAUUUUGGUUAAUAUAAGAAAGUAAUAAUAUGGAUAUAUAUUGAUUAUUGUUAUGUAAAUUAAUUUAUUAAUUGAUUGUUACUUAAAUGUAUAAGCUUUUGUAUUUAUCAGUGUAUAGAUAAGAAUUCAUAAUUCUCGUUCAUAAAUAAGCAGAUAUUUCGAAUAUUAUUAUUAAUCGCGUCCU